AUGGACGACAUUCGUUGGAAGACCGAGCUGCUUAAUAACCUUGCACAGCGUAAGGACAUGAUCUUGUCCCUCGCAGAAGCCCGUACUGCCAAUACGAACGUAUCUUCAUUCAAUGAUUGUAUUCCGGGUAAAACACGCCGCCUGAAUGUUUUCGUGCAGUCUGUUUUCUCCAACAGUGUCUUCGUGAACGCGCUCCUAGACGUCUACCGCAACACUCUUGUCUCUGUCUUUCUCCGGACUCGGAAUACUGCGGUGCCAUUCUGUUUUCUGAACAUUAAUCGGUUUACCGCCUUCAAUGAUGCAAUCCUCUCUCGAAUGCGUAUAAUUUUCGCAUUCCCGAUAAUUGAACUUGGCCCCAUAAGGAAGAAUUGGAUGCGAUUCCUCGAAGAGGCUGUUACCGCCCAUGGGCCCGCGAAGAUUGGAAGAAAAGACUUGAACAGUCUGAGUGAGACGCCGCUGAAUGGUUGA